AUGCCCUCCGUAAAUAGUGAUGAUGUGGAGCAUGGUGACGAUGAGCCUGAAUUGGGAGAACAGGAAUCAGAAGAACAGGAAGGUCCUGUCGAUGGGAAUGGUUCCCCAAAUGCUACCCAAGACAAGGCUGGAAACGAUGCCGAGGGUGAAGAAGGAACAGAUGAUAGUGGUUCCGAUGAAUCAGUCAGUCCAAGCAUCCUCGAUGACAUGAGUGAAAUCGGGUUCGACGAAACCCGUCACGGUCAUGACUAUGCCCUGCUCAAGAGCGAAUUCGAUCGCCAGCAGAAUUGGAUGGACAUGUUGGUGGUGUAUAUCCAACAAAAGAAUAAAGAGACCAAAGAGGAUAAGAAGAAAAUCAAAAAACUUGAGGAGGAACUCGAAGAAGCACAGGACCGUCUGAAAGGGAUUCGUAAGCCUGUGGUGCCAUGGAGUCAGUUACUCAGAUCGUAUCUCAGCGGAGGAGAUAUUUCCUACAAUCAGGUUUAUCGCAGAUGUUGCAAGCAGGAGAAUAUGUCCCAACAAGAUAUAUUUCAUCCUGACCUUUUUGUGAUCAAAAAUACGAUAUCGGACAAUAAGCGGGGACGAGAAGAGAGGCGACUGUUGGAAGAUAGGACCCCACGACCUUCGGUACAGGAGCGAGCACAAAGUGUGGCCGAGCCAGAUAGUUACCCAGCCGCUCCCAGCUUUCCAUUUGAAAAGCUUCCUUUGAAGGUUCAAGUGAAAAUCUUUAGACGACUAUUUGUCAAGAACAGCCUCAUCCAUUGUCUCUCUCGUUUGGACCCUGAAAAUCCGCCAGUUGGUUUUCCAGACAAGGAUGUUGAAGGACAGAGCCAGCUGCCCACGAGAUUCCAUUUUGGUACAUCUCCUUGUCAAAUCAUCCUAACCCGCAAGCCAAACGAUGUGCUCGGCCCUCUCCUGGUGUGCAAGCGCUGGUACUUCAUCGGCGCUCAUGCAUUUUACGGAGGCAACACGUUUGCCUUCAGCUCGCUCGGGGAAUGGCAUCGCUUUGGGCAGGGCAUUGGCAAGGCGCGUGUCCAGCGGUUGGUGAAUGUAGAAUUGAUGUGGCAUGGGGCCCUGAUGCCUCCACAUGAGACGCAUGUCUCACAACGUACGCUAGGUCUGUAUUCAUUUACAGAAACCAGAAGACUGCGCACAGUCGUCGUACACAUAUCUGAGUGUAGCAAAAGCCGAACAAGAAGGGGGUAUGAAGUUCGAAGAGGCAAGAAAAAUCCAUUUUUCAGUAGCACGUCCAACAACACGGAUGGAAGUGAGCCAGCCGAGGACCAGUCCAGCGAACAUCAAUCGGAUGACAACGGGCCUGAAGAUAUUGAAGAUAGUGGGAAUCGAAUUCUAGCCAAACAUUUUGACGCUUUCAAGACCAUGGUUCGCCGCACGCGAACACACCCGAAUUACCGGAAAUAUCGGUCAAUGCGGACAGUCCAAGGGAUCGAUUGUCUCUAUCAACUGCGUGGUAUGAAUUGGAUUCGCUUCAAAGAGAGCAACGGUCCUAUACACCGCCAGUCAGCACGGGAUUGGUCGUUUCUAAAAGACAUAAAUACCGUCGUGACUCUCCCGAAGGAGGAAUAUGACCUCCGUAUGAGCCACCUGGAAGAUUCCAGGCCAUCGCAAGAGGAUAUGGAGAUCGUUAAGAAGUUUUACGACGAGACACCUUGCAUGGACUUAGUUGGCGGUUCCGAGACGACCGGAUCUGCUAAUGGGGACGGUAGUGAUAUUGUUUCAUGGAACGGCUCAAGUGUUGAUGGUUCGGAGGAUGACGAUGAUGAUGGCGACGAUAAUGCUGGCGGCCGUAGUGUACCACGCCCAUCGCGGGGUGCUAAUACUGUUACAGUACCCAGGCCCGCCCAAGGGCGUAAUAAUCAGACGCAAGCCGAUGGGAAUGGUGAUGGGAAUGGUGAUGGGGGAGAUGGGAUGGAUAUCGAUGACGAUAGAUCCAGCGCUUUAUUCGUUCCCUCGGGCUCUGGUUCGGUCGGCCCUCCAUCCGAGCGAAUGGAUAUCGACGACCCUGCGGAACAGGCAAACAGCGAGGUAAUAGACCUGGCUGGAGGCCAGUCCAGAAUCCAAGCCGACGAUAAUGAUCAUGGUGAUGGUGCAGAAUCACCGCUUUUUGUCCCCUCAGAGCCGGACUCCAGGCCUAGCGAACAAGAACCAAAAACCAAGUCUAUUAAGUCGGAGCCCAACGAUAACCCUGGAAUAAAUGGAGCUCCUGGAUGUCUAGUGACCGAUGAUUCCGAUUCCGAUUCCGAUCCCGAAGAAGAGACGUACGCCAGAGACGAGACUCCUCCGGGCAGCGAUGACGACGACGACGAUUUCCCUUUGGGCCCUUGUAACGUUCGUCGUCCUAAUCCUAGUCCUUCAAGCACUGGUUCUUCAUCCAGCGCGAAACGCCGCAAACUAGGGUAAGAGAUACCAAUGUGACACGUCCUCUUCGCUCCUAAGAUGAGGUAUAUCCGAAGCAUUAUUUCGGCAUCUUCAUCUUAUACAAUCUACGACGCAGUUAUGGAGUCAUGAUUUCAGUUUGACCUAGCUUUUCAUUCCUAGUUCUCACCACAACUCUCCAUUUGGUUUUACUUUCCA